CGGUUGGAUACAGAGGCACACGAGCAUUCCAAUGAGCCACUGCAAGACAGUGUACAGGAAGAUCGCUGUAAGCUGGUCGAAAAGCACCGGGUCUGCUGUCCACAGGGCUGCCAUGCUGAGAAGAGGCAGGAGCGGCCGGGCUCGGCAUUUGGCCUGGAGCGAGACACGGCAGGAGACAGAUGCCAUGGCAGUGAUCCAGACAUCGGACAGGGAGGAAUGGGAAGGCCAGACAUCCACGCAGAUCAGCGAUCCGGAGUCUGAGGUGGAUUACCUGCAGAGUUCUCAGACCGUGUCCGAGGUAGCGGCCUUGCCCAGCACGGUGCCGGUGAUAGGCGAGUCUUUCUGCCAGUGUGACCGACAGGAGGAGCUCAGCCCUGGCCUCUGCGACUCCAGCGACUGCCUCUGUGGGGAGGAGGAUCAGGGCUUUGAAUGGGAGUGGGACGAUCACUUCAAGUCUUCCGGAGCCUUCCUCAGCUGUGACAACAGGAAGGUGAGCUUUCACACAGACUACAGCUGCGGCACGGCUGCCAUCCGCGGCACCAAGGAGCUCACAGACGGCCAACACUUCUGGGAAAUCAAGAUGACCUCUCCUGUCUAUGGAACCGAUAUGAUGGUUGGAAUUGGAACUUCAGAGGUGAACCUGGACAAGUUUAAAUACAGCUUUGGCAGCCUGCUGGGCCACGAUGAAGACAGCUGGGGGCUCUCCUACACAGGUCACCUCCAGCACAAAGGGGACAAAGUGAAGUUCUCCUCUCGGUUUGGCCAAGGCUCCAUCAUAGGAGUGCACCUGGACACCUGGCACGGCACCCUGACCUUCUACAAGAAUCGGCACUGCAUAGGUGUUGCUGCCACUAGGCUACAGAACAAGAAGUUCUACCCCAUGGUAUGCUCCACAGCAGCCAAAAGCAGCAUGAAGGUGAUCCGUGCCUGCUAUACACCCACCUCCCUGCAGUACCUCUGCUGUGCCCGGCUCCGCCAAAUGUUGCCCUGCUGCCCAGACAUCAUUAACACUGUGGAGCUGCCCCCAGGCCUGCGCACCCUCCUCCACACACAGCUAGGCUGGUUGUUCAGCCUCAGCAGCAGCAGCCCUGAAGCCUCGGAGCAUCACAGGGACUCGCCUGAGGAUUUCGAGGAGGAGAUGAGCCUGCCUCUGAGCCGCAGCCCCAGUCCCAUCCCCAGCCCGGUCUCCACACUGAGUGCCUGCGCCUCCCCGAGCCCCUACUCCAGCCCGCUCCCUGACACAGUCCCGUACCAGUGCCCCUGUCAAACGUCACCUCAGACUCAACCCUGCACUUGCCACUGCCCUCCAACCCCUCCCAGCAGCGACUACGACAGCUGCUGCUCCGAGCCGGAGGAUUACCAAUGCAAAAGAUGCCGCUGGACAUGACUCAGCAGUCGAAACGUAGAUGUAAGUGUUUGGUACACAGCUAUUCUACCAUUGCCAUCAACAUCUCCUGUUGGGAGCCACAGAGAUAAGAGCAAUCUCGUCGUUUAGCCAAUAUUUCUUUAUUGACAUUUUGAGUGGAUUGUUGCUUAUCGUGUUUAUACAGUGAGUUUAUGACACUCAAAGAGUGAGUAUGUACAGAGUGAGAAGAUAUUAGAGUGACGUCUGGGUCAUUCAUUCUGAUUUUAGCCAAUUUCUAUUAUAGGGUUAUCCUGAGCCGUUUGUACUGCUCUGGUUUUUGUGCUCCAUUUUGUAAAACAUGCCAGCCACUGUCUUUGGAGGCCUAAAUUUGCCAGAUUAGACAAAAAAAAAAAAAAAGGAAAGAAUUACACUGUAAAUCUUGUGUAUGCUUAUUACUCUCAGGGAUAGACUCCAGGGGGAAAGGAGUUGCUUUUUGAUACUGUGGAAAAUACUUUUUGUACAGUAAAAUGUGUUUUAUAAUCAGCAUUGUGGCUUGAAUAUCAACAGCGGUUGUGUUCUUGCUUACAAGAGGAUUUGUUUUUCUAUUUACAGUCGUGCUUUGUUUAUGAACUUUGUUACUCAGGAAAUUCUCCAAAAUAAAACAAAUGAAAAGUU